AUGGAGGAACUACCCAUUCAACCAUCGGGUAUCUUCUGGCAAGACGGCUUCAUAACAGCCGAGCAUGAGGAAAAGUUGAUACACGUCUUCCGCAACGAGCUAUCAUGGCCGGAUCGCUCCGGUCGGCUAUCUUUACAUUACGGCUACACCUUCGACUACAAAACAUUUGGCGUAGAUCCGAAUAUUCCCUUCAACCCUUUCCCGGACUGGCUGGAGCCGCUAAUUCCCACACGCGAGGGCAGACCACCGGAUCAAGUUUGCCUCCAACACUAUCCACCUGGUGCCGGUAUCCCACCUCAUGUCGACACUCAUUCCGCAUAUGAUCAGUUGUAUGCGCUGUCACUAGGAUCGCCCGUUAUGAUGCAAUUCGCGUUACCACCGGACGAGGGCGGGGAAGGGAGGACGGUGGAGGUCGACCUCACGCCUAGGAGCAUGUUGCAGAUGUCCGGGGACUCGAGACUGCACUGGAAGCACGGCAUCAGGAAGCGAAAGACGGACACGUUACCCGAUGGCACGGUGCGGAAGAGGGGAGAUCGGUGGAGCAUUACAUAUCGAUGGAUCAGGGAACCGGCCAUAUGCGGUUGCGGGAACGCAACGCUCUGUGAUACGGCGCAGAGGGAAUUAGGUAUCGAGAGGGAGUAUCGUUGGAAGAAAGGCGAUGAGGAUGUCGUUGUGGGUGAAGAGAGCAGUAUAGGAGACGAAGGCCACAUGACAUAA